GGUGGAGAUUUCAGUGGAAUGUGGCCAAACCCCAGACUGUGGCUGCGCCUGCCUGCAGGAGGUGUAAUUCAACAGCCUCCGCUAACGGAGCGAUUGGUGUAACUUAAUGCAUCAGCAGCGAGGGGUGUGUGCCAGCCUCGCCUGGCGAAGUCGGUGCGAUUGGUCGGAGGCGGAACAUGGAUUGGAGAAUGCGGCGAGUAUAAUACGAGGCGAGAGGGGCGUGGCCUCUCGUGUAAUAGGGAGGCGUAACUUUUUUUUUCCAAGCAGGGUGUGGCCGUGGCUUUUUUAUUAUUGGCUUUCCCUAUGGAGGCGUGUCCUUUCCCUGCGUUGCGAUAGGUCACUGGGGCCCCAGAGCGUGCUUUGCAUGCUCAUUGAGAUUGGCUGGUUGGAGGUGCGCGUCCUUGUCUCGGCCUGGAGGGGGCGCUGAUUGCCGGGUUAAGGAUGGUGCAGCGGCCGUGGAGGCGGCGGCUGCCUGGGCUGUGAGCGCGGGGGCACCGGCCGGCAUGGGGCGGUGGCGGAGCCUGCUCCGGGCGCUCGGCUGCUUCCUCCUCUCGCUGCUGCCGCUCCUCGGGGCCGGCGCUGCCGCGGAUCGCCCGCUGCAAGUGCUGCACGGUGAGAUGGAUCACCUGGGGGUGGCGAGGAGGAGGCGGAGGAGGAUGCAAGCGGGCGGGAAUGAGGGAGGGUGGCCAGAAGGGUAGGACUCUGGACGCCGGAGAGGGAAGGGGAAGGCUUCUUCGCUUGGGAUGCUCGGAACUGGAGUGGGCGGGGUGAGCGGAGGGGGGUCUUGGAGGAGCCAAGGAGCUCCUUCCUUCCCGGCUGGCAGAGAUUAGGGGCAGCCCCUUCGCUUCCAUAUGGCAGCCUGGAGCUCCGCUUCCUAUUUUUCGUGCACGCUGGAGCUCCCUAGUCCUGGUCUUCCCCCCUCCCCACCGAAUAAAUCCGUAUUUCUUUCCGCCCUGAGGAUUGGAAAAGUAUCCUUGGAGGAGGGUUGGGUUUCGACUAUUAAAUAUGGUGGGGGUUUGGGGAAGGGGAGGUCGCUCUUAGAAACGGAAAGGUGGUGGAAACGAAGGGAGAUGCCGGCCCCUUCGCUCUUACCCUUCCCGCAGGUUGCUCUUUCCCAGUGGGAGGCGGUGAGAAGUGGGGAUCCCUUGGUUGUUGUUGUUUUCUUUAAACAGCCCAUGUAACACGUCUGCAUCAGUUCCGCUGGAAACAUGGAGUGGAGCAUCUCUCCCCCCCCCCCCCUGCUGUCUCCCCACCCCCUUUCCCUAUUUUGCUUCGCCUCUGAAUCCUCCAGAAUUUUCCCUCGGGCUUUAGGGUCCUGGCUGGGUGUUGGUGCUGGUUCCCUCGCCCCCCGUUGCCCCCUUUUCCUUGCACAGCUCUCGAUGUCUUUCUCUACCCACACGCACCCCACUCUCCCAUGGGAUGUUUUCCUCCUUUUCCCUGGUGCGGCUUCAGCCCCCGCCAAAGGGAGAUUGUCACCAUUUUGCGUGGCAGCCUGUCAUGUGCACGUCACAGCGUUGUUAGCCUUGGCUGGCUUUGCCUCCCCUUUCUCUGUUCAGCUCCAGAGUAGACCUCUUCUCCCCCCCCCCCCGCCGUGUUUUCCUCCUCAGUUCAGUCACUGACGUCAUUCUCUCUCGCUGGGCCUUUCUCUUCACCCCCUCCCCUUUUCCAGCCUGACCCAGCUGCCUGUUGCAAACAUCCACUGUGCCUCUUUAGAAACUGCCUUCCUUCCUUGCUUGCUUCCUCUCACUGGCUGAAGAAAGCUGGGAUGCUGAGAGGGAUUCCUUCUAGGAAACAGCAGAGCUCUCUCCAUCAAGUGCUAUAAAAGUGCAGAGGAAUAAGCUUAGCUUGGUACCCUCUCUGGGCCUGGUUAUUGAUUUCGGCUUCCUUCUUGGCAGUUCCUUAUUUGCAAAAUGAAUCCAUAGGUCACUUUUUCUUUUUAAUGAGGUUGCAUCAGGAAAUGGCGCAGGAAGGUCAAUGUUCCUUUUUCCUUGCAGCUCUCAAACUUGGGCAAAUCUUCAUCUUGGUUCAGUGCUUCAGUAGCACUUGGCUGAAUAGGUUGGAUGUGCAGCAACCCCUUCCAGAACCACCACUCAGCCAUGCACUGAACAAAUGGGAAGGUUCAUGAAUCUUUUGGAUGUUUGCUCUUGGACCACCCUCCUUUGCAGGCUGUCUUUUAUUAGAUGCCUCUCUUGGGUGGUGGGCAUUCAAGAGGGCAAGGUUGUUGCUUGUCAGUUUUGGGAGAAACUGUUAACGUAGGGAGCUGCAAACUCUUUAUUCCAUGUUCAAGGAGUGAAGUGAAUGAAUUGAUCUGGCAUGUUGAUGAAUUUUGACGUAGAAUGAUUACUGGAAGCUUUUCACCUAAUGUAGGUUAGGUGCUGAGGAUGGACUCCUUUGCUGAUCAGUUUCCUGCCCUGCUUGGCAGUGAGGGUGCAUUAGAGACUGUGCGAUGGGAGGUGGGAAUGCUGGAAUCCCUCACACCGAACCCAGUGAUGGCCAUGGAAUAUGAGUGCAUUGCUUGGGCCAUGGGCCUUUAAUUCACAGGAACCACGAAGGACACUUGUGGCGGCAUGGAAGCUUGAGUUGUGGCCAGGUGGUAUAAAAUCAAAGAGCUGAACUGGCUCAUUUAAGGGAAGGGUUGGAUAGGUCUUAUCACUAGCCCCAGGGCAUGUUGGUAAUCUGCGUGUGGAUACUUUGCUGGCUUUUUGUAUUUAAAACUUGACCUGUGCUUUCCCUUGACCUGUGGGGAUGCUGGUAAAGCUGUCUGAGACUAGGCUGAACAGUAAUGAGCAUGGGUUAAUAUGGGGGUAAAAUUAAGAGAUUUCCACCACAUUUAGAAAAUUCUGCCUGGUGUGUUUAUAGACAUAGAAGGCUUGAAGGCAAAAAUAUUGAGCUUGAUGUUUGUUGUUCAACCAAAGUCCCACUCCUUCUACCUCCUAUGACAUGUUAGAAGUCUAGAUCAGUGUCAAUAAAUAGGAUGCUUUUUGGCAACCUACAAUAAUGUGUCAGAGUAUGGUAGAUCUGUACCUUUCUUUCCUGCCAAAAAUCCACAUGUCAGCAUUCAUAUUGCCGUAGAUGAAGAUGGCAGAAGCAUUUCCUAUUCUUCUGAACUUAUUUGCACAACUCAUAUUGCAGUGGUAGCCCUUUGGAUGCUGUUGGGCUACAACUCCCAUCACCCUUGACCAUUGGCCAUGCUAGCUGGGGCUAAUGGGAGUUGGAGUCUAACAGCUGGAAGGCCACAGAUUCUCCACUCCUGAAAUAAAGAAAAAAGGGUGGCUACUGAUAACUAGUUACCCAGUGGUUAGCUACCAUGAUGUGCAUGUAACCACAUGGCAAGCUACCCACCUAUAUUGUUGUGCCAACUGUUGAGGAAAAUCUUUCCACACUUCUGCACAUCAUCUGAAAUCCAGGGAAGAGGAGGGGAAGUGGAAAGGUUCUUCUUGUCACAUAACAGGUCAAUAGACAACCAGCUUGCUAAAUAUAGUGGCAAGUUGUUAUUUGUAAACUUAGACAGCCUUGUUCAUUCACUCAGAAAAACAAUAGCACCUGAUUUAUGUAACACAGACUCCAUUCAGCACUGGCGUAUAUGGUAAAGAGUUUGAGGCAGUGCUUUCCAGGUUAGAUUUGACAUUCUGUCGCCCUACUUGCAAAAUUGUGCAGUAACUGAGGGGAAGAAAAGGACUGUAGAGGCACUGAGCUGUGGCUGCACAAGAGUGAGACCAAAAUAUGGAAAGGUAAAAUUAUUUGUUUGGUCACCAAUUUGCAAGAACGUCUCUUUGAUCCUUGCCAGCAUACUCUCUACCAGACUCCAUAGUUCUGAUGGGGAGUUGGUUUUGAGUGCAAACAUUGUGCUCAGAAGUAAAAGAAAGACCUGGCUAUCUGUGGUAAAGGAAAACUUAUGCAACAUUACCUGCCUGAAAAUGGAUCUGAAGUACAAGAGCUUGUGACCAAAAUGUGAAGGUAUUUUAAUGAGGUUUGGGCAGCUCAGAAAUGGAAACUGAGCAUAUUCUGCCUGUAUAUUGUUUGUGUACAUGCUGUCCCUGACAUUGCCUGUUAUUUAAGUGCUUGAAUAACACAACACCUAGUGUGUCUAUUUUCCCCCUUAGCUUUCCAGCUGCACAUUUUGUGUCCAUCUAAACACUAAAGAAACCCUGCAGCAGACAAAGAACUCUUCCCUGGUCAAAAAUCAAAAUAUUGCACAUGAGCCUAUUUCGCCCUCAUUCACUUUCUAAAACCCAUUUCUUGCCCUUUGAGAAUCCUAAUGUGGCAGAAUUGCUUCCCUGUUCUUUAUUAGCUGCUAGGAAUUGAACACCAAGUACUGUUUACAGGGGGAAGGCAAUUGCAGCUUCAGCAAGCAUUUGUAAACAGCAAGUUUCUCACGGCCUUCCACAUUUUGACUAGAAGCCAAAUCCUAUUGCCAGUACAGCAUCUGCAGUGAUAUUAAUCUCUCUGUGUAUGCAUGUGUGUGUGUAUAUAUGAGAAAGAGAGAAUGUAUUUUUAAUGUAACAUUAAAAAUAUAUCAAGGUUUAAUGAAACACAUUUUAAAAAUAACUCUGCAUGUUGGGCAUACAUACUGGGUGUACACAAUUUGUAUAUUGUGGCUUUGUUAUAAACUUGUUUUUCAGUCAGGUUCUGGAGUGCCCUAUCUCCCAUCAUGUUGCUCUUUCACAUCUAUGUCUGUCAAGCGGAAAAGCUUGGCUUUAAAAAUACUUCAAAGUCUUCUCAAUCUGUUUGGAGUGUGUGGGGUUAGGUAAGAAAUCUGGCUUUGUGAUACCAGGAGACCCACUGAAAGACUUCUGCAGGCCUUUUGCUAUCCUGGCUUGCACGCAUUCAUAGGGAAUCCUCGGGCUACAGUGCAGGAAUGAGGCAGCAGUUCAUGGCUUGAGAACAGCCUUGCAAUGUAUAAAUAUUUUGGUCUGUGGCUUCCUGAAGGCUCCAAGCACUGAGGAAGGCCUGGGGCAUUUUAAACAACAGUGCUUGCACCACACCAACUCUGGCUACAACACAGAUGGAACUUCUUGUCUUCAACCAUUUUGAGAGUUCUUCUCUAUGUCUAUGGAUUUCAGAACUGGGGAAGAAUGAUCAAGCAGUCUGUCUUGGGAUCUCAACACAGAUGGGGAAAGUUUUUUGCUCCCCUUCUUGAUUCUUGGAAAUAAUAAUAAUAUUAAUAAUUAUUUAUUAUUUAUACCCCGCCCAUCUGGCUGAGUUUCCCUAGCCACUCUGGGUGGCUCCCAGUCAAGUGUUAAAAACAAUACAGCAUUAAAUAUUAAAAGCUUCCCUAAAACCAACACGACAAGUGACUAUUUCCUAAAGCUAUUAGCCCAUUUCUUCCUUUCAAAAAUAUCAAGGAUUAUCAAAUUAAUCCAAGAUGCCAAUUGUUAUGUUAACAAACAACCAAAAAAUACUGGUGUGAUGGAAGAGCCACCAGCUGAAAACCUGCCCCACCCUGGCCCGGUUGUAUUUGGGGUUUGCAAUGCACAGCCCUCCUUGAAUGAAGACCCGAACAUGGCCCCAUGCAGUCAGAGAUACUCUCUGUGGACAUUUGGAGGUGCCAAGAAACAUGCUGGUAUUUUCCCUGGCAUGUCAUUUGUGUGUAGGAUCUCGAGAGGAGGAAGAAUGGGUUGCGCUGUAGCAGAUGAAAAGGAAGUACCUUGGACCAAGGAGGGGUAUUAAGGUGAAACCAUGAAACUUGGAAAUUGCUUCAUUGUAGGGGCUUGGAAAACCUGUCAUUGAAUUUUUGGACUCCCCUGAUCUUGAGCCCUGUUAGCUACGUAGGAGCAGCAGACUCCCUUGGUUAAUAUAAAUAAUGUUCUACUGGGAUAAAUAGGAAAGGAUGUGCAGAGAGAGGAUUGUAGAAGGGACUUCCUUUCCUAAUUAGGAGCUCUGCCUCGUCCAAGAGUGUACUCCUUCUCCCCCUUGUGGGGAACAAUGCUGCCUAGCACCUUGGUGGUGGUGUAGACAGAUUCUAAGGAGCUGCCACCUGCCGUCUGUAGUGAUUGAGACCUAUCCCCAACUAGCAUCUUUUGACAUUUUUCUUAAAUCUCAUUUUGAAGGGUCCAUAUUGAACUCUGCUGUACAUGUAACUAGAAUUUGCCUAGGACAGGUGUGCUGACAGAGCCAGAGCCAUCCUUGCUGUGCUUGGCUGCAGAAUCCCAUUCCUCUGGAGGCCUCUGACUCACACUGACAAAGACGUCAGUGGUAGUGCAACGCAAGUGUGUUGCCGCGGCCUGCUCUGACUCACUGGCUGGGCAGCUGUGAUAUUCAUUGUGGAUGUGGCUGAUGGGCUAAGAGACCUACUAUUUUUGUGCUCUGGUGCUCUGCAGCCUAUACUGCUUUCUUCUACAUUUCAUGGCAUUAUAAAUGAAGAAGAGAGAGAGAGACACAAACUAUGUAUCUACUUUUGAGACCGUUUCUCCCUGUGGAUGUGAAACCACCUUCUAGCAACCUGCCUUCAUGGGCUGUCCCUUGCACCCAGCAUUUGCCAGAGCUGGGUAUUGCAUGCCCACAUCCCCCAUCUGUGUAAAUUAUAAUUACACGCUUUUGAAUCAGAUGACCCCAUAGGUUUCUCUCCAGUCCUGAUACCCGUAGCAUUAAUCUGUGUAGUUCUGAUGCAUUGGAACACCAGGAAUGCCAAACGAUCCGUCACAGUUCCAGAGACUUCUUUGUGUGAUUCAUAGCCUCUCUGAUUAUCUCCUGAUAGAAGAUCUCGGGGGGGGGGGUUAGUGCCCCCCCACUGCUCGUCAUUUUCCGAACCGCUCUGGGUAGCUUUUAGUAAGAAUAGGACUAGGAUAACCCCUGGGUUUUCCACUUGUGAGGUGGGCCCCUGGGACAAUUGUUUUAUUGUUUUAUUUUAGCUGUUUGUAUCCCAUCUUUUAGGGCAAGCCCACACAAGGAUGCUUACAAUAAGAAAUUAUAAAUUGGUGCACACAGUUCCAGGGAGGGAGGGAAUUCUGAAUCAGGCCCCCAACUUGUUAGGGCCAAAUUAGAAUCAACCUUCAUUGUGUGAGUGCUGUUAAUAUGCAUGGGUUUUGUUAGACAAAUAGCUGAGUGAAGCCUAUGCUGCUGGGUAAACAUUUAGGGCCUGGGGAGGGUUAAUUCUCUUAUCUCCCUGCCAAGGUCUGGAUGCUGCUCAAACUGCUAUCUGCAUUUCAAGGGAACAUCCACUGCUGCCAGUGGGAGCUUAUGAGCCAUACUUGUUUCCUCCUCACCUUCGCUGUCCCCCAGUCGCUCAAUUUCCCUCUCUGCUGCUUUUUAUAUAGCAAAAACAAAUGGGGUGCCUUCAUGCAAUUAACAUCACUUUUUAGUUUUCCCUGUUGCUAACCUUACUAAGGAGUCUUUGGUGAGGCACAUGGUCAACAUAACUGUCUAGCCUCCCAGGGAAUGAUUCGUUCUGCCACUUCUUUCAUUAUCUUGUAUAUGACCUUUUAAUUGUUGAGCGGUUUUAAAAAAUUUAUUACCACUUUGGAUUUUGUCCUGUUGGAAUUCUGCCUGGGUCAGAGGAAUGUGCCACAGCGUAGGCACCGGCAGAUAUUCCUGUCGACCUCCCCGCGUCUCCACUCUGCUGAUAAGCAGGCGAGGUCCGGCGAUUCUUCUCAGAUGUAUGAGAGGAACACACCGUUCUUCCUCUCUCCCCUUUGGUGUCCCCAGGGAGGGGAAAGAAGCAGACAGAAAACUAUUUACAUCAUUUAUUUCUGCCUCUUACAUCAGUACAGAGAAUCAUGUCUGCACUCAACAACAGCAAGAAGAAACUCCUCCCACGUACAUCCAGUACGGGUCAUAUGACACACACACACUGAGCUAACAUCCGGUGCUCAGUACAGAAUGGACUGCCCCUUUGUUCCCAUGGCAACAGUCACAAACAUCCUGUCUGGCUUUCCAGCCACAAGCAGCUGGCUGAGCUGCUAGAGCCUUUGCUUGCUGCAGCAUUGGUGCUUUAUAGUAACAUACUCCCCCUAAAUUAUCAAUGUGUGCCGCGAGCAAAGCGUCAUCCAGAGAAGAAAACAAACAGUUGUUAUAUUUAUAACAUUCCCCUGUUGUUUCAGUUCCACCCUUGGAACUACCCGCCACUGGUUUAACCAAUGUACCUCUCUGGUUGUCUGGCUUCCAAGGAAUGAGUGCUUCUGCAUUACCUUGGCUAGCUUCCCUCUGUUGUGUCUUUGUCUCUGACGUAGACACUGCUUCAACCUGCUUUGAGUUGUUAACAAUAGCAACACAUGCAACAGCUAGGUUAGCAAACUCUUUUGAGUACCUCUUUGGUGGUACACCCUUUGUAACUCUCUCAGACCUGCGUAUGAGGUUCUGAUCUUCUGUGCUCACUGGUUCAACCUUUGGACUCUGUUGAGAACCAGUAGCAAUCAGUGGUUCUUCCUUCACCUGUGAAGGUCUAUCCAUUGUGUGAGAUUUCCUCUCAAUGACUGUGACAACUGAGCUGUCUGAGCUAUCGCUGUCAUCAUCAGUACUACUGAACUCAAUAAGAUCAAACUCAUCAUCAUCAUUAUCAUCAGAAUCCUCUGUGGGAAAUGCGUGAACAAUCAACCUCUCCUGUUCAGGAGCACUCUCUAGAAACUUUGUGAGAAUCACCUGACCAGAUUCAGACAAAAUUACUCUGUAGAGACCUUUUUCAUAACCCACAAAAAUGCCUCUGGCAUUCUUUACACCACCUGGAGCUUCUGUUCUCACAUGAGACCCGAAAACCUUGAAAUAGGCAACAGAAGGUUUUCUAUUGAACAGCUUCUCAAAAGGAGAACAUCCCAACUCUGUUGAGACCUUUCUCAACCACACAUGAAGAUAGGACGCUAGCGACUCAGCCCAAUAUUCAUGUGGCAAAUGUGAACUCAGCAAUUGCGCAUUCAUCCCCUUUUGCAAUUCUUUGUUCACUUUUACACAGACCCCCCUGUUCCACGCUUCUUGCGAAACUGCCACUUUGUGGUCUAUCCCUUUUCCAUCCAGGAACUUCUGAAACUUCUGCAACAGAAAAAUUUGCUUCUCAUCUGUGAAAAGACAAUCAAUGUUAGCAUCAUGCAUACUUUUAACCUUGUCACAAAACUCCUGAAACUUUUCUAAAGUUUCUUGCGGUUUCUCCAUCAUAUAAACCCAAGAAUAAUUAGUGAAACAAUCCACACACAAAAGGUAAUAUUUUGCACCGCCCCUAGAUGGUUCUAGAGGACCAAUCACAUCAGCAUACACCCGCUGAAAUGCUCUGUCGACCUUCUUGGUCUUAGUCACCUUCCUGGUGCUCACACUGGUCAUGGUCGCCCCUGCAAGAGAGAUUUCGUUAGAAACAGAAGAAUUACAUUUCAUGUAAUCACUUUGAUCAAAAGUCAACAAAUACAGUCCAUCUUUCUCUUUGGCAGUAAGAAACAGUUCUCCAUCUUUGUAGAUCUUGCAGCUUUUAGCAUCAUAGGACAGUUUCAGUCCUUUCUUUGCAAUCUGCGACACGCUCAGCAGACUAAAUCUCAGUUCUGGAACCAGGUAAACAUCACUUAUAGUCAAGUUCAGACUCUCAAGAUAUACAGUCCCAAUUCCAGUCGCUUCCAACUCCUGACCGUUGGCCUGUUUCACAGUGAAGCUUUGCUUCCUCAACGUCGAAAAUAGUCCUCUGUGCGGGCACAAAUGUUUUGUACAGCCCGUGUCGAUUAUGAACGAGUUCCCAACAUCUGGCGUGGUUCCUUUCGCCAUCAUAGCCUUUGCAGGUUUCACCUGGCACUUGGUACGGCUUUUGCCUGACGCCUGAGGCUUCGUAGAGCUGCUCUUUGCUCCUCUUGACUGGCGCGGCUUCUUACAGUUUCGCUGUAGAUGCCCAGUCUGUCCACAAUUGUAGCAUCGGACAGCACUCAAUGCUACACCAUGCUCCCCAGUAGCAUCAGCAGUGGGGAAUUAGAACUCUGUUCUUCCCUCCCCUGUCUUUUUCUUCCAGUGCAGCAAGUCUGUCGUGUUCAUUCAGGACCACAGCACAAACUCUCUCCGCGGUCAGCUGCGCGGCCGGUAGGGAACCAAGCUGACUGGCAACAACCUUGUAGGUGCGGCUAAGGCUGUUUAUCAUCAUGAAGCAAAACACUUCCUCCUGAAGACGGAAAUUGCGUUCCACCAUCUGUUGACGCAGAAACUUCAUUUCUGUCAGGUGCGCUUGAACAUCUCCAUCAGGCGCAAGUCUCAGAUUGGUCAAUUUCUCAAAAUACAGCAACGCUGAAGAACCAGCAUCUCUCUGAUGCGUUGUACGCAGCGUGUCCCAUACCUCUUUCGCAUUUUCUAAAUGCUGAACAUGCACCAACUGAUCAUCUGAGACACACAGAAUUAUAGCAGUCCUGGCCCUUACAUUCUGUGACUCCCAACCUCUGGUUGGUGCUGCAGGGAUGGGGUUUUCAAUUACAUCAAAAAGCCUCUGAUUCUGCAGCAGGGCCUUCAUCUUUACAGACCAAGAUGAAUAAUUGUCAUUGGUCAAGGGAGGUGGGCAAGGCAAACCUCCCCCUUUCUUGGCAUCCAUCUUGAAGCCAAGCCUCCAGCUCACAAUGUCAAACAAACUGUAAAAUCCAACAGUUGUUUCCUUUUCUUUUCUCACGCAGCAAACUGCAACUUGUUUACGCUCUUUGCACCUGGCAGCUAAACGCAGGCUGCUAUUGAAAAGUCCCUUCCAAGAGCUCGUAAACCUUGUAGCCGAAACAUUCUCUGGGUUUGUUUCGCUUUCCCAGGCUUACACACAGAGUCCAGCCCCUUUUCCAGUAACUUUCCAGGACCGUUACCUAGCAACAAUGCAUUUCAAUAGGACGUCUUAUCUACCACAAAAAUUUGUGGAAUGCAGGCUUCAGCCUUCAAGCUGCAGGCCUCUUCCUCUCGGAGCUUUUGUUUUCUUUGAAACGUAGCUCCGUGAACCAGGGAAUUAAUCUUCCUGCGUUCACACUUUUAGCCCGAAAUGCAGCAUACCUUGAACUUUGUUGCUCUGGAAAACACCUCUUCUUUCCAUCAGCUGUCUGUGGAGCCUCUGGCUUCUUUCAGACGCUUCUAUUCCUCCUUGAAGCAGUGGAGGACAAUCCACCAGCCUCUCAUGCAGAUGUCCGAUGAAUCGCAACCAUCCUCUGCUACCACUGUUGGAAUUCUGCCUGGGUCAGAGGAAUGUGCCACAGCGUAGGCACCGGCAGAUAUUCCUGUCGACCUCCCACGUCUCCACUCUGCUGAUAAGCAGGCGAGGUCCGGCGAUUCUUCUCAGAUGUAUGAGAGGAACACACCGUUCUUCCUCUCUCCCCUUUGGUGUCCCCAGGGAGGGGAAAGAAGCAGACAGAAAACUAUUUACAUCAUUUAUUUCUGCCUCUUACAUCAGUACAGAGAAUCAUGUCUGCACUCAACAACAGCAAGAAGAAACUCCUCCCACGUACAUCCAGUACGGGUCAUAUGACACACACACACUGAGCUAACAUCCGGUGCUCAGUACAGAAUGGACUGCCCCUUUGUUCCCAUGGCAACAGUCACAAACAUCCUGUCUGGCUUUCCAGCCACAAGCAGCUGGCUGAGCUGCUAGAGCCUUUGCUUGCUGCAGCAUUGGUGCUUUAUGGUAACAGUUAGCCACCUUCUCUAUUCAUUUUAAAAAUACAUUUUUAUUAUGCCUUUCUGCUUUAACAAAUCACUGAAGGCAGCUCUUAAAAUUUUAGAAGAGUCAUGUACAUAAAACUAACAAUAAAACUUUAACUAAAAACAGCAGUAAGAUCUUCAGUACAAAAACUGAAAAGAAAAGAAAUGCAAGCAGCAGUUGUUCAUGCUUAAAAAACACCCCUUAAUGCCUUCUGAAAUAAGGAUAUAUUCACAAGUCACCAAAAGCAAAUAGCUAAGUGAGCUUUCCAAGGAAGAGAGCUCCAGAACUGUGACUGCAGUAACUGGAAAAGCCCUGUCCUUUUGGUUCAAAAAGGAGGAUAAUAAACACUUGGACAAAGGGGCAGGAAGGAAGGUUCUCAGUCAGUUGCCAAUACCAAGCCUAGCUUGGCUGGGUAGAUAUUGUAGGCUCAGGGCUAUUGAUAUAGUCUAGCAGUCUCUGUAUCCAUAUUGGAUGGGUGAGCUAGGUUGUAUAACAGUAUUUUCUCCUCCCAGAGAAUCAGUGCCACACCUGGAAGCUUCUGGGGAUUUUCACAUUUUACACUGCAAUCAUGUCUACGGCUUAUAUAGCAGUGUUUGCCUUGAUGAUUGCCAUAAAAUGAAGUGUGUGUGUGUGUACACAGGUGAUAGAUAUCUGGGAGGGAGCAAUGUCCAAUUUAAGCCUUGUUGCACAUACUGUGUGUCCCUGUGCCUUUAGAGAGAUGGGUCUGCUCUUCAUGAUUCAUGGUAGUUGCUGAAAGACACAAACACACACAUGGCAGGCAUCUGCUCCAUAAAAUAUGAAUCUACCCUUAGGGAACGUUCUUAGUUUAUAUACUUCAUUCUACAUCUCCCUCUUGUUUGCUAUUAAAUGUCAUUUUCUAAAUGUUUGAAAGCGGUGCCACCAUUGGGGGGGGGGGCAGGUUGGGGAAGAGUAGGAAAUACUGAAAGCUUAACAAAGGAAAAAACAUAGCAAUGCCUUUUUUGUGUUGGUUUUGCCUCCAGAAAGGUAUAUCCUAACACCCAUACACAAUAUCUGGUAAUUCCUGAAACAGUUCUCCCAAAUAUUUUUAAUUGAGAUUUUUUUUAAUUGAAACUUUGCUGCACAGAUAUUUUGCCUGAUUCCUUUCCUCUGUUUAUUUACUAUUUUACGUUAUAAGGCCCAGCUAAUGAGAGAGAGAGGUGCUCCACAUUUACCCCCUGUAGCAAAGCCAUUCUAAUAUUUGGGGGAAUAGGGAAUCUGUGCCUGUUCUUCAAGUGGACUUAAUUUCCUUGCCUCAGUUGUGGCAAAGAUUGGGGCUGGUAAGUUUCAGCACCAUGGUUAGCUCCUUGCAGACCGCUUGAGUCUGACUUUUUGCUCAGCAAUAAAGCACCAUUGACAAGUUUAAAAGUUGCUUUCGCAUCCUUCAUUCACUCAGGGUUUAGAAAGGAAUCCAGGCGAUGUCAUUAUCAAAAGGUUGGAUUCCUGUAUUUUCUGUCAACCCUGCCCCCUCCUUUUUUGUUUUUUAAAAAAAAGGCUAAUCACUAGCUUCUUUAUUCCGUCAUGGUGACCAUUGCUUAUGGUAUUCCUGAAUUGUCCUUGAAGGUGAUGGUUAUUGCUGGGUUAGAUAUAGAUCCGUGUGAUUAGAUUAUUAUUUAACUUGUUAUUAUUGUUUAAACAGUUCAUUUACCACUUGACAACAGUCAUGUCUAAGCAGGGUAAAAGAAAUACCUUGUAUAAAAAAGUAAACACUUAUUAAAAGUUUAAGUGCCUGCUGGAAUAAUAAUUUUAAAAGUCAUCAGUAGGUGCUGGAAGUCCAACAGGGGGGAGGCCUGUCUGACCUCUACUGGAAGGGCAUUCCAUAAAAUUGGGCCCACAAUACGGAGCACACUGCUCUUUGUGGAUACGACUCAUGCAUCAGUGACUGCACUGUGGCAAUUGAGUCCAACAAGACAUAAGGACAUCCUGAAGGUAGAAAGAAAUGAGUUCUAUUCAUUUGAAACAUUGUAAUAUGAUUUAGGUCUUGAAAUACAUACUAUUUGCUGUAGCCAAGUAGAUUUGAACCCCUGCAAAGCAAUCAAGCUGGAGCAUCUCUUUUAUGAAUUAUAAUAAUGUCUCUCUGGAAAACUCUGGUGUGUCUCUGUCACUCUCUUUCCAGGCUGCCUGUUUGACAGGAGACUCUGCUCCCAACAGGAAGUCUGUGUGCAAGGUAAAUAAGCUUGGGAUGGACUGGAAUUAAGGGCAUUAAGUCCAUAGGGAGGCAAAGCACCUGUUGCUGGAGAGUGAUGUACACUUAUUUCCCCUGCUGUGUUAAAAUAUGCUUUCUGCAUUUGUUAUGAAGUGGGGGGGGGAGGACCACAUGUGCAGCAGGCUCUGAUCUGGAAGCCUUUCUGCCCCAAGAAUGGGACAAGUGCUUGCCUCUUUUCCAUGUUGUCAUGUUUCCUUGAGAUACUCCUCGAUGCUUCUCAUAUGAAUUACAGCCUUGUUGUGAUAUUGGUCCAUUUGGGCAUUUAACGGUAGAAGGCGUGACUGCACACUUACCCUCACAAGACAAAAUUAUUUCACUUUCCCUGUCUCUUAGUGCAAUCCUAUCCAGGUUUGCCUUGGGCUAAAUCCCACUGAAUUCAAUGAGGCUUACUUCCAGGAAAGUGUAUUUCAGCUUCAAGCUUUUGCAUAUCUAAUUAUCUUAGGAUGGACUUUCGUGAAAUUCAUUGGAAACAUAUUGUAUUCACACCCUAUAUUGAAGCUCCCCAUAAGCUGUGCAGCAGCCUGCUAACCACCAUCUCAUCUGCCUAGCUGUGUCUUAUUCUCUGACCCUAUUUCUCUCUUCCCCCUACUUUCACCGAUCUUUCCACCCUGAGUUGCAUGACCACUGUCUCAUAGUCAUGUUAUCUUUGCAGAUGGAUUGUUUGGUCAGUGCCAGGAAGGUUCCCUUCGAGAUAAGCCGUACUUCCAGGUUACAGCCUCUGUGCUCCAGCGUUUGCAGGAUGUGCUGCAGCAUCUCAUGGCACAAGGUAAGUGUCCGUGCUUGAGGAGGAGGAGGAGGAGAAUUAAUGUAAGAUGAGGGAAAUGAGCCAGCUCUGCACAAACCAGGAGAGGGAAUUAAGAGCACUGUAUGCCCCGUCUUGGCAACAUUACUUGGGAGUCUGUCCAACCCCCCAGUACCACAAAACCUUCUACCAAGUGAGACCAUUGGUCCAUUUAGUGCAAUAUUGUGUGAACUGACUGGCAGUGGCAGCAGCUCUCAGGGUUUCAGAUGAAAUUCUCUCCCAGCCCCACCUGGAAAUGCUGGGCAUUGAACUUGAGAUCUUCUGCAUGCAAAGUGGAUGCUUUAGCACUGAGCUAUGACAUCAUGCUAUAAAUGCAUACUAUAAUCAGGCACCUCUAACAUAUGCUCAGACUAUGGGUUCCUCCAAGCUGGAUGUUGUUGUUGUUGUUUUUGGGGUGUGUAUUUUGCAACAUACUGUGGCAAUAAUAGUGCAUUAGAAGUGGACUUAUACUGGACCAACCACGCCUCAGUCCACUUUAUUAGUUGUUCUGCGAUGCUUCCCCAAGAUUGCUGCAUUAUUGCACAACAAAAGCAGGACAAAAAGUAAACAGGAACGUUUAUGGUAUAAAUAGGUGCAGCAUUUCAGCAGGAAGUUGUGGGACUUAGAAACAAAGCAGUGUAUCUUCCCCAAAACUUUUGCAGGUGCAAACAGCCACAAUACAAUUCACAAUAAAACGGAUGGGGCCCUGUAUUUUACUAUUUGUCUCUGGCAAAUACCUGUCUCUAUAUUUUGGGGAUGCCGUGCUAAAAUCUUUAGUCUUAGUUUCUGCAGUUGGUCAUUCUUUGGACUACAGCUGCUUCCCAAGGAUUGGAUGAUAUUCAUAGUUUCAGCGCUGGAUUCAAUACUUGGCUGUUGUGGCCAUGCUUUGACUUAGCUCUCCAUCUUCAUGGCAGGUUUAUCAUGGCAGGAUGACCUUACCCAACACGUGAUCUCCCGGGAGAUGGAACGCAUCCCCAGACUUCACCUUCCACCUCCUUGGGAGUCUGUAGCUGAGAACAGGUAAGGGGAACAGUUCAUUUGGAAUGUGAGCUUUUACUUGAGUUGCUGCCAUUAAUUUUCAUCCAAUAUCUGCUUAUCACAACUGAGAGGGGGAAAUGUCUCUUGGAGAAUAAAGGGGAACUCCCUUGUCUCCUAGCUGAUAGUCAUCUGUCUGUCUCUCAGAAUGACAAAUUUUAAGAAGGGACAACUCAAACACAAAAACAAGCACAGAGAAGUCUGUGCUUCUCUCAGCCAAGAUCUACUUAUCCACAUUCAAGGGAAAGGAAGCUGUUGUAGGUGGUUUGAGAUCCGACUCCAGUGCUCACCAGUACAACACUAAUUUCAGAGCAGAACACUCCUCUUCCAGGAGCUUGUAAAGCUUGCAAGACAUUUAGAAAUGUCCUGUUCUUAAACUCUCAACGUAAGAACCACCUUUGAACAAAUCUUAGGGCAACAUUUUAUUCUCUCCACGUCUAUAAAAUCUCUUUCUCUUGCUUCUUUGUGGUGCUUUCCCCCCUCUUUCUGUACACAACUGUUUUGAAGGCAAAGACUCUUGAGAGCCCAAGAAAUAAGGCAGCAAAUCAUUGUGGAGACAAACUCAAAAAGUGCCAGGAAGAGAACUGGAAAUGUCAGGACUUAAAAAUAAACAGAGACAGCCCACUAUGAGGUUUGGAAACUCCCCAUGAUGGUGUCCACAAGAUGUCCAAGCAGUGGCCAUUGAUGCAAGAACACUUAAUGAUAUCAGGAAAACUUCCCUACAGAGAGUUAGAGGCGCUGCCCCUGAUAAUAUUGUAGCAUGCAGAAAACACAUCUUGUUGGACUGGGAAAUGGGAGCUUCUAGAUUCCAAGCUGCAUAUUGAUAGCAUAAUAUAUUGCCCAUGACUGUUCUCUUUUCAGGUUCCCGCCUAGUCACCUGUCUCCAAGGAAAUCCUCUUUGCCACCAGAGCCUGCCUCUCUCCAGACAGCUCAUCAGCCUCCUCUCCCUCCAGUCCUCCUGCAGCGGUACCUGGAGCUGCUGUUGGCUUCUCAGCCUGAGCUAGGCUACAAGGAGCCCUUCUUAUCUUCAUAUCCACAUCACCAGGUGUGUCUCAGCAGUGCUGCAUACAGAGUAAGGGCAAGGAGCCUUCACGAAGAGCUGGAAGAAGAGUCAAGGGCCUGUCCUGUGAUUUGCAAAGUGGCCUGUUCAAAUGGAGAGAACUGAAUGUGCUUAGGAGGCCUAAGUUUUACUGAAGCGUUGAGUAGGAAGGAGUCACUUCAAAGUCUGAGCAGAACUGUAACUGCUGAUGAUAGAUUUUGGACUGCAGGCCACUGAAUUCUAAACUGCACCACUUUGCCUUUGGAAAAAGUUUCUUGCUGGCUAGGAUGAAGGAUAUUUAGAGGGGGUGGGAUGCUUAUGGUGUUUUAUUUUAACCAAUAAGUUCCAAUCAGUCACUUCAGUUGCUAAUUCUUUGCUAUAUCCUUUCAACCUAAAAGUUCCUUUUCUCAUCUAUUUUUUUUUUAGAAACCCACCAACUCCUUAUUAAACCCCAUAUGCCUAAAUGCACAAAAACUUAUUUCGCACUGUACUUUUGUUUUUUUACAUUGCACAAAAUGGGUCUAGCUGCAUGUUAGAACAAAUUCUGCUGCCCUCUGCCGUGACCACUUCAAGAUUGCCUUUCCGUUUCCCUGUGUUCAGUUCAGCUACCCAGAUGGUACCUUCCGGGACAACCCCAAUGCUCACAGAGCUGAGCACCCUGUUCUGCUGGACCGAGCUGCUGCUUCUAAGGCCCUGUUUGGUGCCAGCACUGCUCCCUCCUACAGGGGGCAGCAGGGAGUGGAUGGAGGUCAACUUUUCCAGGACCUGGGAGCACUUUACCUAACACAGGAGCAGGCAGGUAAAUCGAGAACGAUGGCGCAGCAGAAGCACGAUUCCAGGACGGAUGGCCCCUUUCUGGACUAUGGCGACAGCUCUGAAUACAGAGGAGAGCCCCGGGCACUCCUGGCAGAGCCAGGUGAGACUGUUCCUACCUGUCUUUCACUAAGGGGUUCCUCAAGCACUUUAUAGCUCAGGGGUGAGGAAUCUCUGCUCUUGUGGAUGCUGUUGGACUCCUCCCAUCUGCUCCAGUCAGUCUUGGCCAACGGUCAAGAUUAAUGGGAGUUGUAGUACAAUGGCCUAUGGAGGCCGCAGGAUCCCCACCCCUGUUGUAGCUUGUUAUCUCAACCUAGAAGCCUUGGUGCUGGUGGGGCUGCUGUUGCAACACCUUCCUCUUUCCCCAAUUUCCCUUCCACAGAUAGAGCACUAGAGAGGCUGGCAGCAGUGCUUGCCAGCUAUGGCAUCAGGCCCCAGGAUCUCACUCCCCAGCAUCUCAGCUCCCUUACUGGUCUUCUCCGGCUCCUCAGGAGUCCAGGUAAGAUCGGCAAGAUGGUAUAUGUAAGAGGAUCUGGGAGAAGAGGCACCUGGGAUGUCUAUAGCUGAAGGAGAGGAGAUGGAGAGAGGGUUGUGUGUGUCUGGGGAUAACAUGGAACAAUAUCCGGACUAUGUCUGCAUUGACAAGGGCCGAGCUGUGCUAUUACUGCAGUGGCGUAGCGUGGGGGGUGCAGGGGGGGCCGGCCGCACUGGGCGCAACAUCUGGGGGGGGGCGCGCUCGCACUCGCAGCUCUAUGCCCCUACUAAAAUCCACGGGUUAGGGGGCGCAAAUUACUUGCCUUGCCCCGGGUGCUGACAACCCACGCUACGCCACUGUAUUACUGUGCUGAUCCAGCCCUGCUAAUCACAAUCUGGGGAUAAAUCUGAGUUGGAGCUCUAUCCAGAACCUGUUUUUCUGUGUUGGUGCUUAGCUGUGGAGCCCAUGAAGUAGUAAUGAAAGGGAGCGUGUACUUGCUGUACAGAAUACCUUUACUGCUAUGUAAUCAAAACGCCAACCCUACCCCCUCCUGCACAUCUGGGAACAUUGGGCAGAGGUUCCAAAGUGGGUAGUUUGAUUUCCAGGUUGGCUUGAGGAUUUAAGAUCUCAUACCUUAAAAACUAAAUACUCUUCUAAUUCUCUCCCCAGCUGGUAGGCUUGGACCAGACACUCCAGAAUCUAAGCGGGUAAGCAGCUCCUUCUAGAGGCAAGGGGCAGUCUCCAGCCCGGAGUUCCUAAGGUCCUCUUAAGAUUGUUGGAAUUCGCUUUCACACAGUUUACGGGGGGCAAAUGGUAUGGGAAGCCUGAGUUGAUGAAUCAACGUCUUGCCCUGAGGAGUAGACUUGGCCUGUACCUAACCUGUUCCAGCCCCUAUAGUACAAUCCUCCACAGCUAGUUUCUAGAUGGACAGCCUGUGGAGAAGUUUGGGUGUGUGCCCCUGAGACCUGAAGGCAGAGUUGGCCAGCCUGAGGAGGCUGAUAAUGAACAGGCAAAGUUAAUGAUUCAGGGGCUUUGGUUGGAGUAGAGGGCAGGAGGGAUCACCCAACCGCUGGUGGUUGCAGAUUGGAAGUGUUGAGGUGCUGGUGAGUGAUGUGCCUCUUUCUCCUCAGGUGACAGAAGCUGAAAUGCAACAUGGGGAGGAGCUGGAGCCACCCCCCUCUCAAGAGAGCUAUGUCAGUGCUGUGCCCACAGAGGGGCAGGUGCAGGCACAGAGGGAGACGCUUAGCCCAACUAAGGCCAAAAUAACCAUGACGACAGCUUCCCCAGAACAACCUGAGCCCCUCCGUGCUGGUGAGGGGGAAGCAGCUGGCCUCAAGAGGCAGGUGGCAGUGAUAAAGAAGAGCCACACAUCAGUAGGGGUACCUGGCAAGGAUGAGGACCGGCCAGAGACAGCGCUGGCUGCUGAGGAAUACGGCUACAUUGUCACUGACCAAAAGUAAGAGAAGGGGCGGGACAUGGGGGGAAGGGGAAGGGCCAAGGAAAUAGGAGUUAGGCCAGUGGGGGCGAGGUGUGUGCUCUCUAACAUUUGGGAGAUAGGGUGCUAUUUGAGAGGUAAAAAUGCAUGUGCUUGUCUAACAUAGGCACGAGAUCAAGACUCACACUAUUAAUAACAUUUAUUAUUAUUAUUAUUAUUAUUAUUAUUCAUUAAAUUUGUAUUCCGCCCUUCAGCUGAAGAUUACAGGGCAGUUCACAACUUAAAAGCACAAAAUGAUAACACAAAAUACAUUUAAAAAGAACCCUGCUCCCCUAAGCGCAUUUAAAAAGCCAUAGAAUUCUUAAUCAGCCAAAGGCCUAGCUAUAGAGAAAUGUUUUCGUCUGAUACCUGAAGAUACGUAAUGAAGGCGCUAGGCUAGUCUCCCUGGGGAGAGCAUUCUUCAAGUGGGCAGCCACUGCAGAAAAGGCCUGUUCUUGUGUUGCCACCCUCUGGACCUCUUGUGGAGGAGGGGCACAUGAAGAAGGACCUCAGGCGUGUGGGGAAAUAGAUGAUGAGGUUUCAGUGAGGGAGAACAAGGAAUGUUCUUCUUCUCUCCCUCGAAUCCUAUGGCUUCUUGCUGUUGCACUUGGGCAAAACUGGACUUUAAUCCCAACACAUAUUUGCCAUCUCAUUCAGAUUGUUGGGUUGUCUUGACAGCUCUCAUGGGCUGCAUUGCUUAGGUGUUUCCUUAGAGUGGGUGGCAGGAGGUUGUUGGCAUUCGCUCAUUGUAUACCAGUACAAGGAAAGUGUUGCCCUCCCGCUUUCUGCCUCCCAUUGUUUCUCCCAUGCAUGCUUUCCCCAUUGGCUCCUGGCCUCUCCUCUGUCUUCACCACCUGCAGGCCACUGGGUCUUGCUGCUGGCAUCCGGCUCCUGGAGAUCCUGGCUGAGCACGUGCACUUGUCCACUGCCAGUUUCAUCAACAUCAGGCAAGUGCUGCUGGGACUUAACUGAGAGGUGGGGAUCCAUAAGGAACUGGAGUGUGUUGUUGCCUCUGGCGCCUCAGGAAGGGGAGGAGCCUGGUGAGGCAGGCUGGAGAGGGUUCUGGAAGCAUAUCCUGAGGAAGAUGCCUUUCCCAAGACUGAGGGGUCUUUUGGGAUCUCCACAAUCCUUUUCAAGUAGCUAAUGUAUCCUGUCCUGGCAGGUUCCCAUUGCUGGAUGGUCACAAGGCACUUGCUUUUUUAUAUAAAUACGGUUACCUGAAGUGGCAUUGGAAGUUGUUGCGUCAGCUGGCUUAUCCUGAAGACACAACUUUUAUUAAAAAUGGGCAAGGAACUGGAUGACAUUGUGGCCACAGUCUCUCUCUCUUUCCUUCCCUUUCUCAUAUUGUUGCCUGCGUGCAUUGAAAUUGGAACUAGGCCCCAACCCUUCUGCAUACCCAACAUUAUGAUUGUGAUAUCGCUUCUUGGCCUGAGACAAAACACAGGUGGCCUUUACUGUGCCUGACUCCAAGCUGCUAAUUGGUAAAUAAAGGAGGUGUCAUGAGAUUAGAGGGCUAGAUAUUGCCAGGGCUUUUUUUUUUCUCAAUAAAAAAAGCCAGAAAUCACUGAAACUCAGUUCCGGCACCUCAGGUGGGUGCCAUUGCUAAUAUAAGAGAACAAGGUUGAGUCCUGGCACCUCUUUUUCUAGAAAAAUAGCACUGGAUAUUGUUGAACAUGGUGAUACACAAAGCAGCAGAGGCAACCUGCUUUGUGGGUGUAUAUUGUGCUAGGAUGGAAUCGGGACACCUUGUAACCUCAAACCUCUCGCCUUGCAGUGUUGUGGGCCCAGCUCUCACCUUCCGCAUCCGUCAAAACCACCAAAACCUGUCUCUGGGUGAUGUGGCCAACAGGGCUGGUAAGUUGACUCUGAAACGAUAGUUGCAACAUAUGAGAAUACAUCUGGUUACAGACUCAUUUCGCCAUCCAUGAUCUAGAAGGACUCUAGUGGUUCUUCUCAAUUAGAUAUGGAACAGGAGGGCUGGAGAAUACCCCAGAUGGACUCCAAAUCCCAUUAGCUCCAGCCAGCAUGAUUAAUAGUCAGGGAGGAGGUAGACCAGCAAGGCUGGGAGGAGUACAGCUUCCCCACUCCUGCCCUACAACAUUGUACUCCCUCCUGACUCAAUGCUUGGCCACCCUUUAUCCUGCUGUCCAUUUGCCUAGUUAAUGUCCAUGUGCAGAGUAUCCAUUUCUUCCUUCAGAUGCAAUAGGCAAACAUCAGUGAAGGCAGCUACCUUUAGUAAACAAAGUAAGGAAGGCUAUCAUGCAACAUGGCCGUGAUCCAGAGAUUUAGCACACCACUCCCUGGGCCACUCAAAAGCUUUCACUCCCCCAGCAACUGCCUGCCUGCCUUUGUCCUUUUGCCAGCUGUCCCUCCUUUUUUGUCCCCUUUUCCCAUCUAGCCCUGGUGAAGCCACAGCUGGAGACGGAGGUGGGAGUGAAGAUCCUACAGACAGGUGUUGGGCAGGUAAAGCUGGGGGGUCAUAGGCCUUGGGAUUUGCAGCCAUCUUUGGGUUUUGAUCAUAGCCCUAUUUAAGAGUUUAAGCAACAUAACAGAGAAGCAGGGUUGGUUGUGCUGCUCAGACCUGCCCCCUGAAGCACACCCACCUCGACGCAGUUCAGAGCCCUUCACAGCUCGAAAGCAGAGAUCUGCCCCCAACCUGGUGGAAGCACCCAGUGCAAUUUGAAUCCCUGGUUGUGCUUGGCUUUAAAUCCUUACAGGAGGCCUGUAGGAGUGGAAGAGGCUCCUUGCUUCUGACAUUUACCUUCAAAACUCAUGGAAGGCUCUAAACUGUGUAGAGAUGAUGGGGUGGAGCUUAGCCGCAUGGCCCUGCUCUUCCUUGCAUGUUUAUCUACAUGUGAGCAGACUGAGUACCUGAAUACGGCCAGGGAUUAGUCAAGAAGUGGAGCUUGGAGAAUCCUGGAUCACCAGCCCAGCAUCGCCUAAGUCAAAUUUGAAAGUGAGUGGGGCAGGGGCCCUCCAGAUGCUAUUGGACCGCAGCUUGCAUCAGCCAGUGUUGCCAGUAAUCAGGGAUGCUGGGAGUUGUAGUCCAACAGCUCCUGGAGCUCCCCAGCCCUGCAGUGCCCUGGCACCAAGAGGCCAACCGAGGGAUCACGUGUGGUGGUGCUUCCAGCAUGCAGGUUCAGCGUGGGAGGAAACGUACUGGCUGCAGGUUACGUAACGUAGGGAAGAAGAGUUUGGCAAGGACUCCCAAGGACUGCUGGGGUUUUCACAGUUGAUCAAGGAAAUGAGAACUUUUUUCUUCAAGGAGCCAGAGGAAAUCCUGGUUGGUUUCCAUGAUACAAAGAUUGUGGGAGCACCAGCAGCCACCGACUGCCACAUGUGCCAAUUUUGACUCCCUCUUCGGCCUUUGCACGUCCCAUGAGCCCCUUCCUAUCCCACUGUGCUGCUCUUGACUCCCGUCUCCUUCCCCACAGCGCAACGAGGCUGCGACCUACCCGCACCCCACACACUUUGGCGACACCUUCCGCUCGGUGCUGCUCACCUUUGUCCUGCUGGCCUGCGUGGCUGGCAUUGUGAUAGCCGCCGCGGUGGUCUUCUGUCUGCGCCAGCAUGCCAAGCAGCGAGAGAAGGAGCGGUUGGCAGGGCUGGGGCCUGAGGGAGCGGCUGACAGCACCUUUGAAUACCAGGUAUGGUGCGGCCCAUUUUGCCCUUUGCAAAGAGCUGCAAAUUGGGGCUGUUUCCCCAAAGUUUGGGAGGAGCCACAAAGCUUCUGUCCUGGAAGAGGGGCUUUGUGUGCAAGGACACUGCUUUGUUGCCUCUGACGUUCUGGCAAGCUCCGACCUGAUGUUCGCCCUGCCUGUGGCGGAUCUUUAGUGCAUUAGCUGCUGCAGCUGUGUCUUUCCCACAGGAGUUGUGUCGGCAGCACAUGGCUGCCAAAUCACUGUUUGGCCGUGCCGAAGCUCCCUCGCCCUCCGCUCCGGCAGAGAAUUCCCGCGUCAGCAGUGUCUCCUCACAGUUCAGCGAUGCGCCCCAGGCCAGCCCCAGCUCCCAUAGCAGCACACCAUCCUGGUGCGAGGAGCCUGUGCAAUCCAACAUGGACAUCUCUACUGGGCACAUGAUUCUGGUGAGGCGUGUUUGCACCGUGUGUGUGUGUGGAGGUACAGGCUUUACUGAGGUGCAAAGUUGCCAGGUAACAGCUUUGCAACAACCAGAGGUGCUAUGGCCUAGUGGUGGGGAACCUGUGGCCUUAAAAGUGACAUUGGACCCCAACUCCCAUCAUCCCCGGACAUUGGCCAUACUGGCUGAGGCAAAGGGAUGGUGGAGUUCAACCAUAUCUGAAGCAACACAGGUUCCCAUCUUUAGACAUACAAUUAUUAUGUGUGGGCAAAAUGAUAGUAGUGAAAUGACAAGAUUUCUGAUUUCAGAUAGUACGCAGCAGUGCCCCUGCUGUCUUUUGCUCCCCAUGGAGCUUGGCCUAUAGAUAUCAGCAGUCUCCUUUUUGAUGACUGGCUAUUUCUGGGGCAGCCAACACAGUGUCAUCCAGAUGUUUAGGGCCACAGCUCCAGUCCAGAACAUCUGGGCAGCACCAUAUUGGCUACCCCUGGACCUUUUAUUUCUUUGUUUGGCAGAACAGAUAUUCUGCUUAAUCAACAAGAACCUCUUAAGCGGUUUACAUAAAACAAUAUGAAAUAUAAAGAAACAUUUGGGGAAAAAAAUACCAUGGUUAUGUUAAAACGUAUGCAAGAUUUGAAGUAUAGCAGCAGAUAAGAAUUGUAGUUUAAUAAUUUAUAGUUAACAUAUAUAAUGGGUAAAAUAUAAGUAAUAUAGCAGCUUUAUAAGGUCAGAAAAGAACUGCCAGGGAAAGGUGGAUAGAAAGUCAAUGGAAAUGAGAAAUUUGCUCUGAUGGUUGUUUAAAAGAAUUUGCAAAAUUUGAAAAGUUAAUAAAAUAAAUAUUAACAAAAAUAUAAAUGCAGAACACUGGUAAGAGCGAACAUUAAAAACAUUUUUUUUCAUAAUAUAAAUAAAACCAGCAAUUUCAAACAACAUCUGCGUAAUAAAAUUGCAUGUUUAAAAUUACUUGUCUGGGGUAGUGUGUAGGCACCCACAUAGGUAUGUGCAGAUGUGCUUGUGCAAGUGGACAUGUUUAGGAGGUGGUAAUGAUGCUGUCCCGUCCCCCCCGUCACCUGUAGGCAUACAUGGAGGACCACCUGCGCAACCGUGACCGGUUAGCCAAGGAGUGGCAGGCGCUGUGUGCAUACCAGGCUGAGCCUAAUGCCUGUGAGGCUGCGCAGCGUGAAGCAAACAUCAAGAAAAACCGCAACCCUGAUUAUGUGCCCUGUGAGUAGCACAGAACAGUGCUUCUUCCUGGUAUCCCUAAUCCAGGGCCAUUGCUGGCAUGCCAGUUCUGAGGCUCUUCUGCAUGGGGUUUGUUGAAUGAUUGCAUGACCAAUGACUUGCUUUUUUCCAGUUUUAAUUUGCAUUUAAAAGCAAAUUUGUCUAGUUUGCACUUUCUAAAACAAUGCACAAAUGGAAGCACAGCCAUUCUUUGAAAUUCAGACUUCUCCAAAGUUUCCAGGGGAGUUCUCCCACCAAGGGAUCUGCACAAAAAUGCAUAUGCCAGUGUGCAUAGAAAUGCAAAUAUUUCUGAAAAUAAGAUACUAAAAUGGUAUUAGGGGGAAUGUGUAUAUUAGGAUAAAUUUUCACUAAAAUGCUAGUGACUUGAAGGACUUUUUUUUUGUAAAAGCACACUGAUGUGGCAAUGUGGAGAGCUGAACUUAAGAAUGGAAAAAUGAGAAACUGAGAGAAACUGGAAUGGAAGGAUUCACCCGUCCUUAGUAAUAGCUCAUGUUGUCUGUGAACUCCAGGACUGAGGCCCAGAACCCUCCAGGGGUCCCUGGCUAUUCAGUUGGGUCCUGUUACAUUGACUCAUUGCACUUUUUGCUGUUUCCAGACGAUCAUGCCCGCAUCAAGCUGAAGGCAGAGAGCAAUCCUUCGCGCAGUGACUUCAUCAAUGCUAGCCCUAUUGUGAGUGCCACAAACUCAGAUUCACACUCUCCUCUGAACCCCCUGCCCCCUUGAAUCCACUGAAUCUGUCACACUGCCCUCAUGUAAGAGGCAACCUUUUGCUCGGUCAAGUCUAUCAACUGUGGCUCAUUUUUAAGUGAUGUCCUCAAAGCCACCUGGUCCCUUCACUAAAAUACGACAGACCUGUCAUAAAUGAAAGCACAGACUCUUCCCACCCUUCCCUGGCCACGAGCUCUUCCUGAGUCCAACAAACUCGUUUUUCUGAAUGCGCCCUCCCAGUGCUGCCAAACUGGAGGGAAAAGCUGGAUGCUUUCCCAAGUGCUAUCUUACCUGCCUUCCAGAAUCAGGUAAACUUUCUUGCUCUCUUGUCAUGCAGCCCUGCUCCUCCUAGUGUUGAAACUGGGCAAAUACCCUUCCACUAACCGAAACUCUCCCCUUUUGGACUGUCUGUGUAUCAUAGGGGACUCAUAGAAUUGUAGAGUUGGAAGGGACCACGUGGAUCAUCUAGUCCAACUCCCUGCAAUGCAGGAAACUUUUGCCCAACAUGGGGCUCAAACCCUUUUAGAGAAAGUCCUUCAGCCAAUCAACCUCCUAUCGUGGAUGCUUAAAGGAAAUCUAUCUUGAAUAGCAACGUGUACGACUUAAGUGCAGUAAAGUGGACAAUAUGAAUUGUAUUUAAUUAACUUUUACUCAGAGUAGAUCCAUUGGAAUGAAUGGACCUAAGUUAGUAAUGUUCAUUCAUUUUGACUGGUCUGCUCUAAACAAAAGCUAGUUGAGUACAACCCUAUAUAGUUGAGACUGGUUUUAAUUUUUCUCUUCUCCCCCUCACCCCCAUACCCACCCAGGCACAGUGACUUAUCCUCCUAACUAAUAAUUCAUUUGGGAGGUUGGGGUAGUUUGCUGCUUGUGGAUUUGUGAGCAUGGACAAUGACAAGAUGGGGAAAGAAUUAAUUUCUAACCUUCAGGGUACAGCUAAGCAUGAUUGCUGUCUUGGCACAAGAUUUCCAUCCAGAGUUAUCACAGUUAGCAAAGUUCAGGCAGACUAGAGUCCUGUCCCUGGACCUUGACCUCUUUUACCCUUAGUUCCACUCUUCCCCUUCCCUCCAAGAUGAGUAUAACACAUAUUAUUUUCUCUGCAGAUUGACCAUGAUCCACGGAUGCCAGCAUACAUUGCUACACAGGGGCCACCAUCCCACACGAUCGCUGACUUCUGGCAGGUGAGGCAAGCAUGGCUCAUGGUAGCCUAUUCAGGGAAGAUCUUGCUCAAGGGUGGUGUGGGGGCAAAGAGCACUGUGUGAGAAAGCUGACUGACCCUUGUUUGGCAGAGAUUCACACUGUCUGCAUUAAUAUGCUAUACAGAGCCCUUAGAUGAUGUGGUGGCAAUGAAUAGCAAAGGGCAGGCAAAGAUUGGGAACCUGUGGCCUUUCAGAUGUUGCUGGGACUCCAUCAACCCCAACCACCAUGGCUAAUGGUCAGGGAUGAUGGGAGUUGUAGUCCAACAACAGGAGCAGCUCCGUCCUUGCCCUACAGGCUAUUCAUGGUUGCCACCUCCUCUAGGGGCUCAUGGAUUCCCCAUCCCUGCUGUAGAGAAACCUUCAAUCCUGGCCAUGGAUGAAGCUCUGCGUGCUCCACACUGAGGCACUGCCGUGAAUAAAUUUUGUUAAUUGGCAAAGGUCCUGAAUAUUGGCUUGUUUUUGCACGAUUAGUUUUGCCCUUUGUGUGAUUUUGUGUUACUUUUGCUAGCCAGAAGAAGGAGGUACACAUAGCAUUGGAGCUCAAUCUGUAAAAGUCCUCCUUGGCUCCCCUCUAAAUUCUUAAUUUGGCUAGACCAUGGCCUGUACGUUUCCAAGCUUACCUCUGCAGUCAUGAGGGAAUGAAACUUGUCCUUUUGCUUUGUUUAUAAACUGAAGCUAAGAUUUACUAAAUUCUGUGCCUGACACAGUGCCAAGUUUCAUGGGGUGCCUAUGGAUGUCUGGCCCUACACACAGCCCUGAGGUAGCUUUCAGGCCACUCUGGAAAUGAAGUAGAGGUGGGGCCCAUCCUGGACAGGAGGGAGAGGAACAGCCUCUUCAUUCCUGUGUGCUAGAUGGUUUUGGUCUCUGACUUGCCCUGUAAGAACAUAAGCACUGCUGGGUCAGGCCAAAGGCCCUCCUAGUCUAGCAUCCUCUUCUCACAAUGGCCUACCAGAUGCCUCUGGGAAGCCUGUGAGCAGGACCUGAGCACAACAGCUCUCAGCUUGCGUCUGGCAUUCAGAGGCACGCUGCCUCCAACAGUGUUUGGAACAAAGCCCUUGUAACUAGCAGCCAUUGGUAGCAUUAUCCUCUGUGACUCCGUCCUAUGAGAACAUACAACCUGGGCCCAUUCCCUUGACCCACACCUGCCCCUUAGUACCUGCUGUGGACUCUGCCUUCUUCUGGUCUAGAGAAGAAGGGUGUUUGCAUUUUGAGGGCUGGGAAUUCAAUGUCUGUUGCUUGUGCAUAGAUGGUGUGGGAGAACGGCUGCACCGUCAUUGUCAUGCUGAGCCCUCUAGUGGAGGACGGCGUCAAGCAGUGUGACCGCUACUGGCCUGAUGAGGGCUCCUCCCUGUACCACAUCUAUGAGGUGAGCCUGGCGAACGGUGGCCCAAGGGCCUGCGGACACAGUUAUUUUGUGAUCACCAUCCCUGAACUUGUCCCAGUCUCCUAUUUAUGUGAUGCAAGGAAAAGGAAUCCUAAGUUGCCACUCUUUUUAUGGGCAUCUAGGGAGCAUACUGAGUUGGCACAGUGGUCCAUCUAGCUCAGUACUGACUACACUGACUGACAGUGGCUGUCUCCUAGUCCUACCUGGAGAUGCUGGGGACUGAACUGGGGACCUCCUGCAUUCAAGGUGGAUGCUCGCCACUGAGCUGCGCCCCUUCCCUACCUUCCUCUUGUCUCACAAAGUGGCAGUGACAUCCUUUUCAUGCAGCUCCCUGCUGUGUGACUGAGCUGAGCACAGCCAUACUGAGAAGCACAGAGAUGCUGACUCUGUGGGAAAGGCUUGUGACAUCUGCCCCACCCACAUGGGCACACCAUUUAUGUGCACCUCUCCCCUCCCCCAGUUGGGAGCAUGUCAGAGAGAACUACCUGCUAUGGAGCCAGUUCCUCCUCCUCCUCCUGCCACAAUCUCUUCCCUGAUCCUGGGUAGCUAGCUGCCUACUGCCCACCAAAAUCCUUGGUUCUUAAGCCCUCUUGGGCAAUGCAAAAGCCAUCUUCUAUGUACAGAGAGCAUAAGGAAACAAACUCCUUGAAUCGCAGAGUGCUAAACUUCUUUGUGGCCUCGCAAGGUAACAUCAUUGGCCAUCCCUGACCCAAACUCUUACUGCUUUGCACAAUUCUGUAACCCUGCAAAGGGCCAGGAAGUGAUGUGAUUGGCCCAAGUUAACUUCUGCAAGGGCUGCCUGGUUGAUACGCUCGCUGGGUCCGCAGCCCUGAGAGGAACUUCCUAUGAAAACCAAAUGGUGCUAACAAACCCCAAGUCAGCUGGCUGUAUGGACACAGUGCUCACGAGGGAAGAGCAAGACAAGCCCCUACGUGGGCCUGGCAACUGCAGGGGUGAACAGAGUCCCACUUCCCCUGGUCCAGGGAGAGCCAAUGUGGUAAUCUCUAGAUGUUGUUGGACUCCGGCUCCCAUGGUCCCUGACUGCUGGCCACGCUGGCUGGGACUGAUGGGAGUUGGAGUCCUGCAACUUCUGGAGAGGAACCACGCAAGCUACUCCCGCUCUAGCCACUUGGGGGAAUGGUAGGAAAGGAAUUACAAUUGACUGAGCAGAAUAAAUCAUUGGGGCUGGGCUGGGCUGGGGGAAUAGCAGCAGGGGAAACUGGGGGCUGGUUGGCUUAUGUAUAGUUGGCUAGGGAAGGAUAAGGCCUCUCAGUUAAUAUGCUAUUUUUCUCCCUCUCUCCCCCUGUCCCCACCUUCCAGGUGAACCUGGUCUCUGAACACAUCUGGUGUGAGGAUUUCCUGGUGCGCAGCUUCUACCUGAAGAACGUCCAGUCUCAGGAGACACGAACUCUGACACAGUUUCACUUCCUGAGCUGGCCUGCAGAGGGCAUCCCCACCACCACACGGCCUCUCCUCGACUUCCGCAGGUGUGGGAUUUCGUGCCUCCCCUCUCAGUGGUCAACUAGGAUGAGAUGUUGGGCGGGGCCUCUGGCACAUGGUGUCUGUGACAGCACUGGGCAAAGAGGGUUAGGAGUCAGAGCUUAUGUAGCUGAGUUCCUGGAAAUGGGCUAGGCCAUGUUUUGAAUCUUUCCUAGCUAUUCUGGUCCAGAGGAAGGUCUUCAGGACCAGUGUUAGGAAGCCUUCAGGGGAAAGGGAGGAAGACUUGAGUACCAUAGAAAGAAGGCACAAGUUAACCUACUACAUUACUUGCACCCCUUGGAGCCAUUUGAAGGCACCCAAGACAAAAGCUCUGCCUUUUUCCUCCAUGAGCUUGACAUCCCCUCAGAAUGGGUGUCACAGGCAGGUCACAGUUAAGAUCGGUGGAAACGGAGUCAUAAUGUGUGCUGAUGACCCUUACAGUACUAUCUCCUUCCCUACCAUUUGCAAUACACAUGAGAAGGCUGAUUUUUGUGGGUUGAGGCACUCCAUUUUCCUGGCACCCCAAAGGCUCUAAGGGAGCCAUCAAAGUCCUCUUCAGCAGCCUUUCCCCCCUCCAUUUCCAGAACCAAUUACCUGCAUCACUCCAGACUUCGGAACUGGAGGUGUCACUCAAAAGUAAAUUGCAUUGAUGCCGACUGUGUGGUUUUCUCUUAACUGUCAGCAUUUAGCCCGAUGGUGUUAACUUUGUGCAGGAAGGAAUGUUCUGGCGCAUGAGUCAUGCUGGGAGUCCCUGUAAUGGUUGGAAAAUAGUGUGCCUCUGGGCUUUAGCUGUGUGGAGCAUCCGCUCUGACUAUAGAGGCUGCAGUGCUGAGGGGCUACCUGGAAGUAACAUAAUUACGCACUGUGCUGCAUUAUUUGUGUGGGUCAGAGUGUGGCGUGUGGGCUGGUAGUGACGCUUAACGUAGAUGAUGAACCCUUUGCCUUUCAGCUUUAGUAUCAGCCUUAGAGAAAGGUAACCUCAGAAGGUACUGAUGUGGGGAAAGCAUAAUUUGGCAUUUAGUAUAGGAUGCUCGAUACUUCGAGUGUGCGCACACAUGCGCCCACACUUGCAGUGCAAAUGACGAAGGCUCUGCAAGGUCAUGAAUGAAUCAGGAAUUACAUGUAGUAGCGAUAUUGCCUCUCUGCCCCGUCACCGCAGUCCUGUGAAUGCUUUAACUGGAAUGCGUUUUGGGAGAUGCGGACGUCAAAACAGGCAAGGAUGGUGGGGGGGACUCCAAAUGCCUCUAAUUAAGUGAGAAAAGUUUCGUGACCAGAAAACACACUUCAGAUAUAGACAGGGGAGUUGUGUGCAGCUGGACCCUUUGAACUCCACACACCUCACUCAAAAGGGUGCCACUGAGGUGCAGUAUGAAACACAGUUCACACCAGAUACAAUUUAUUCUUCAGGACUGGCCAUUUCCCCUGAUUAUUGUGCAGUAUGAACACAGAAUCACAAGAAAUGUUAUGCAGAUACGCAUUUUUGAAAGGCAAUGAAUGUUCGCUUUAGUUACAGCAGGCUUCAAAGAAUGGGGCUUUUGGACUUUGCUGGGCAUCUUCCUCCCCGCCUCCUACCAAGAUCUGGAAAUGGCCCCCUGUGCUGCCUCCCUCCCCAGUCCAGUUUCCAUAUGGGGAAAACCAAGUGGGAUGUCUUACGCCAGCUGUGAGGACCCUUUGGCCCUCCAGAUGUUGCUGAAAUGCAGCUCCCAUCAGUCCCAGCAAGCAUGGCCAGUGGCCGGGGUUGAUGUGAACGGUUGUUCAGCAUUAACUGGAGGGCCAAAGGGGUCCCCACACUUAUCUUAGUCUAAUGAAGGUAACUAUGCAAAUAUGUGUCAUUAUUCUGCAUGUUUUCUGACAGCAGCCAAGGAUCAAUGUUUGUGAGGGUCCCAAAUUCAGCUAUGAUCUAUGUUGUGUGGGUUCUCCCCACCACCCAGCCUCACAGUGAGAUGAGAUCCAAUGGAUAAAAACACUGCAUGGGGCAACAGAAUGGAGAAAACACUGUAAAGGAGCAGAGGGAGACUGCAAAAUUGGGUCCUUUUCCCCCUUAUAGAGAGUUUGUGUCUGGAGCGAUUGGCCCAUCUUACGCAACCUGCUUCCAAAUUAUUUCUAACCUGUUUGAUCCCCUCUGUCUUGUCCCUCCCACGUGCUCCAAUAAGCCUCUCUCUCUUUCUCUCUCUCUCUGCAUUCACCCAUCCUCCUUGCGCAAGGGGACUCCUGCUGCCUUGACAUCUGUGCUGGCGGUGGGUGUGGACGUGGGGCUGCUUAGCUUCCCCGGCAGCCAUUGCAAAAAGAGGCAUCUCUGGGAGUGGGAUAAUCACCGCUGUGCAUUUCCAGAUCCAUUAGGAAAACUCUCUGUGUGGCUUCAGGCUUGGAAGAUGACAGAGAGGAAAGGAUCCCGGUGUCACGGCUUGGGGUUCAACGGUUCCUGUGGCCUUCUCAGCUUCCCCCACCAAUGGGCUGUAUUUGGGGGCCCAGGGCACAUGGGCAACCUAAGCAAGCUGAAAUACGAGAGGAUCCCAGCUUGCUCUCAGCUCUGCCUUUCUCUCCCAUCUGUGUCCUGUCGGUGCUGCUGUAUGAGGCUGUUUGCCUCUCUAGUUCCCUAUGGAGCUCGCUUAACUCUUUCCUCUGCCUGCAUCACACCAUUGCGCUCUCUCUCUCCUUCACCACCACCUCUCCUCCUCCUCUUCUUCCUUCCUUCCUUUUUCCUCUCUCUUUUUUCUCUCACAGCCGCCAGUGUCAUUUUUGUGAUUUGCAGCUAGUAAUCCUGGCCCAGUUGCAUAGUCACAAAAGUGAUCAUUGGCCGCCGUGCUGGCUGCAUGGAACGAGACAGGGCCUCAGCUGCUGUCGUGCUCCACCUUCUGCCCUCCCUCCCUACUCUGCCCUCGUCCACCAGAGCAAAAGAGGCCCAAAACUAGAUCCAGUCUCUUACGUGCAGAUUUCCAUUGGAGAACAAGGAAGCUGUGUGUGGCGGUUGUGAGUGGAUGGAGGGUCUGUGCCAUAAGGCAAGAGAGGGGACUCUGCCACCAUGAGCACAUGGAAAUGGCACUUUGAUACGGAGCAGGUCCCUUGCUCAUAGCCUGCCAGUUAAACCUGCAGCUUGCAGGCAGUGGAUGCAAUGCCUCUGGCUCUCAUCAUUCCUGGCCAUUGGCUUUGCUGGGUGGGGCUGAUGAGAGUUGGAGUCCCAACAACAUCUGGAGGGUCACAGGUGCCCUUUUCCUGCUAUAAGAUCGUAUUUUUCACAGCUGAAUGCUGCAGGCGGAAAUUUUGCAAAUCAGCCUGCAGACAUCUUCAAUAAUAUGCUUUCUUCCCCACCUCUGAGAUAUUUUGGCAUACUGCACUUGGUUUUGGAACCUUAUAUAUAUCAUAGUGCUCCAAAAUGUCAGGCUGCCUGACUGAUGCUCUGCAGAGUAAUGUGUCCUUUUUGAUCCAGCCCCACCCCCUUCAACAUGUACAGCAAUCAAAUAACCAGAAUAUCAUCUUACCUAUAUAUUAGAUUCAUUUGACAUAAUUCCUUCUCAUUGUUCACAUGAUUUGACUAGCUGAUCUGUGACACCCCAUGUUGUGGAUAGAAGAAAUUCCUCUCUCAAAAAUAAAGAAAUUUCCCCCUUGCCAGCAAAAACUCUGUAACUAGCAAGAAACCAAGGCUCUUCACAUCCAGAAGAGCAAUCAAGGUGAAGUGAUGAGAGCAGCAUCACUCACUUUGUGGAAUCAGAUGUGUAGCUGUGAAAAGGACCCCAAAUAACAAAACAAAGGAUUCUCAUGUUGCUACAUUGGAACACUGGUCAUGUGAAGGAUACGCAUUUCAUAUUGGAUGUGUAAAUGUGAAAUAAAUGUAUUUGUUACGGAAAAUAUAUAGACUGGUGCAAGCAAUCUCAAUCACUUGUUCACUGCAUUUUACCAUGUGCAUCAUAGUAAUCAGAUUGCUUUAAUGCACUCAUGAAGGUAAUACUUGGGUUAUUUAAUGGUAUGUUGUAGGGGGCGGAUUAAACAGAAUGACAUUUUGCUCUCCAGUGGAUCAAUUAGUAUGUGAUUUUUAAAAUAGCAUUUUUGGUGGGUGAAGAGGAUUGAGAAUCCAAUGUGAUGAACCAAAUUUGAAAAAUCCAUUUGGGGGAUUACUGGGAGACACUUGGAACGGGCUUUGAAAAGGGGCACUUGUCCUGCGAAGUAGCAUUUUAGGCUCCAUGCCUCUUGGAGGCUUCUGCACUUUCACCUUUUUUUGACGUUUUGGAAAAUGUCCCAUGGGCCACAUAGGAGGAUCUCUGCCAGUUGACUUUGCAAAGUUCCAUCUGUACACAGUGUCCUCCUGCCUGUAUACUGCUGAUAGUUGGGAGUAAAGUGUUUUGGUCCCACUUGGUGCUGAGCUUGCUGAGAACCAUCCUUGCACCCAUUCCUAGUUCUGCUUGGCUUGGUAAGUGAGGUGGGGGGGGUAUUGCCUUAAUCUGCCCUGCGACUUCUAAGUGAUCAGUUGAAACCCAAAGCAGGGCUGCUCUCUGAUCCCAACCUUUCCUUGUUCCGGCAGGAAGGUGAACAAGUGCUACCGUGGCCGCUCAUGCCCAAUCGUCAUCCACUGCAGGUAAUGCCCUGGGAAGGCUGAAUCUAAUUGGUUGUGGUGUUGCCGUGGAAACACCACCCCGCUGAGGUACAGAGAACAGUUCUUUUCAGAAGCACACAGGAAAGUGUGAUGGAUUUUGCCGGGCUGGGUGGGGGAUUUGCCCAUCAGAAGCAUCCCAUGUCAUAGAACUAAAUUGUACUGCCUUCUGAGGGAAACAGCAGAGCUGGAUCUUCUCUUUUGUUGUGUUGUUCUCAGCAGCAGUGCCAAACCUCUUAUCUUUUUGCAGUGAUGGCGCAGGAAGGACCGGGACGUAUAUCCUUAUCGACAUGGUUCUGAACCGAAUGGCCAAAGGUGAGAAGGGAUGGGAGGGAAGGCAGGUCUAUUCCACGCACACAACCUGGUCUUGGCCAAGCCUCCAGGUGCACAAACUACUGCACAAAGACAGGCCCCUGCUGUUUGAAGGCCUCCAGCCCACCAUCUCCUCCUGUCUCUCCUGCAUUUAUCCCUGAUUAUCUUCAGAUUCCACAGCCACCAUUUUGUUCAUGAGUGUAUGGAGUUUUCCUCUUCACUGCUUCUUACCCCUUCACUCGAUUCUGACUUUACCUCUCCUCCUGCCUGCUAGGUGUGAAGGAGAUCGACAUUGCAGCCACCCUGGAGCACGUGCGAGAUCAGCGACCUGGCAUGGUGCAGACAAAGGUAUGUUGGGAUGCUUGCUUUCAGGUAGCCAAUGGAAUGCUCUGCAGCCCCAGCCAGCAUCAUCAAUGGUCAGGGAUGACGGGAGUUGUAGGCCAACAUCGGGCAGGCAUCACCUGAGCUAUCCCUGCCCUGUGCCCACUACUUGUGGGCAAAACCUGAAACACCUGCUGUGGGUGGAUGCUGGUGGCACAACUUGGUUCCUGGAGGGCAUGGAAUAAGAAUGCAUUGGGACCUUCUGGCAGUGACAGGGUGGAAGGGAAGUGUAGGCCCCACCUGCACUAUGCAUUUAAAGUGGUAUCACAUCACUUCAAGCAGCCACAAAUCCCCAAAGAAUCCUAGGAAGCUGUAGUUUGUUAAGGGUGUUGAGAAUUGUUGGGAGACCACUAUUCCCCUCACAGAGCUAUAAUUAUCAGAGUCCCCUUUGAAGAGGAAUCGAAUAUUCAACCACUUUGAGAAUUAUAGCUCUUUGAGGGGAAUAGGGGGUCUUUCUUCUUUACAGCUCUCAGCACUCUUAACAAGCUACAGAUCCCAGGAUUCUGUGGGGGAAGCUGUGGUGGUUUAAAGUGGUCUGAUGUGGCUUUGUAUGUGUAGUGCAGAUGAGGCCUAAGUCAAGCAGCCAUUGUACUCUCUGUCCCUGCCUAUUGGGGGGGGGUCAGACAUGGUGCUUGGUAGCAUACUAAAGGUCAGGGGUUUUUUACCCAGGAGGUAAGAGUGCCUAGGUUUGGAAUGAGGAGGACUGAAGUAAAAAAAAGAAAAAAGGAAGAAACUAUGGACUUUUGGGUUCUCAAACCCUAUCCAGAGCAGGCCGAUGCUGUGCUCCUUCCUAGCCAAGCUUACAAAACUGGGCAGAGUGAGGAUGCUCAAGUCUACCUUUGUACAGUAGGAUAGCUUCUCUACACACACCCAUACACACACACCCCUCUACCUCUUUAUUCUCCAUCUGGGCAAACAAGAAGCAUUAUCAAAACAAGAACAGGCAAAAGCCCCUUCUGUGAAGCAGGGCCAGGUACAUCCCCCCCCCAUUUCCCGUCCCUAAAGCUCUUUACACCUGCAGUGGUAGGAAAGUGAGGUCCCUCUGAUGUUGCCAAUCUGCAACUUCCCAAAUCCCUGCCCAUUGACCAUGCUGGCUAGGACUGAUGGGAGUGCAGCCGCAGCUGCAGUGCCACACAUUCCCCACCCCCUUCUGUUGAGAAGAUGUUGCUGGACUCCAACUCCCAGCAUCCAGGACUGGCAGUGGCUGAUGGGAGUUGGAGUCCACAUCUUUGCUGCCUUUAUUUUCUAAUUUUGAGGUGAAAGGGAUUAAGAACAUGAUGUGGGGGAUGCCGACACCCAGACUGAUUUUAUGUAUCCCCAGGACCAGUUUGAGUUUGCACUGACAGCCGUGGCGGAGGAGGUGAAUGCCAUCCUGAAGGCCCUGCCACAGUGAUGCCCCACUCGGCGUACCCCAGCUUUGUGACUCCCCCCAACUCGAUCCCUCUUGCCUCUGCUGUGCCGUGUCCUUGCCUGGGAUGUUCUUCCUUCAUAAAGUCUAUUUCCAUGUUAUCGACCAUGACUGAAUUUCAGCUACGGGAGGUGGCCCCUCACCUGCCUGCCCCACCCCUCAGCCCCUAACCCUCCUCAUACUGUGGGGUGCUACCCUGCCCAUGUUCUCCUGGAACAGGGGUUGCCAGUGUUGUGCCCUCCACAUGCUGCUGGGCAACUACAACUCCCAGGAGCCCUAGCUAGCAUUGCAAAUAGCCAGUUUGUCGUCUAGCAACUUCUGGAGGUUGACUGCCCUUGCUCUGGAUGCAGCCCUUAGUUAGUGGGAAGGGGGUACUUUGACACACUUUGGAGGUUAGUCUGUGCCCUAAUAAACGUGGGUGGAUGUGCCACAGAGCAAUACAAGGGGCUCUGCGCUCAGACACUGUGUUAAGACACCUUUCAAGGCAAGUUUUCCAAGGAGCCGCCUUUGUGUGUCCAGCCUCUGUAGAUGUGCCUGCUUCUACAAAGGUGAGAGGUGUAGACUUUGUGGGUGCAUGUGGGCUCCUCAUCUAUACAGAAUGCUGCUUUGUCCCUGUGCCAUAAUCGGGGGUAAUAUCCACGACAAGGCACUGCCAGGGAAGUCUAUCUAAUUAAACCAUGUGGUCCUCAUGCCCCUUCCAUCUCUUCCUCCUCCUCCAGUCAUCUCCUCACCCUCGAUUUGGAGCAGCCCCCAAAGGGUCCCUAGGUCUAUGACAAGUGAGAGUGGGGAAAGCGUAACAAGGCUUCUACCCCAAUUGCUCCUUUCCCCUAUGUCAGGCAUGGCCAAACUUGGCCCUCCAGCUGUUUUGGGACUACAACUCCCAUCAUCCCUAGCUAACAGGAUCAGUGGUCAGGGAUGAUGGGAAAUGUAGUCCCAAAACAACUGGAGGCCCAAGUUUGGCCAUGCCUGCCCUAUGUCUACUCCCCGUUACUUACAGCCUAGCAGCCUUUCCCUCCUUUUCCAGAAAAGGGGGCGGGGUGUCGCUUUGGGAGAGAUGGACCUAUGCCUGCUCCUCCCCACUAUGCUACCCUGUUCACUCUCUCUCUGUGAUGUUACGUUCACCAAGAGACAUUUCUAGAGAAUCUAAUUUUGUAUUUGAUGUGAAUAAAGUUUUUGUGUCGCGUUUGUGCAGCUGCA